AUGGCCAUGGCCACCUUCGCUGCCACUCCCGCGCUCCUCUCUCCCUCACCCCCCUACACCCCGGCCCCUCCACUCCGCGGGCGCCCGCCCCGCCCGCCUCUCCGUCUCGGCCUCCGGCUCCCGCGCCGCCGCCCCGUCACCACCACCACUCCGGCCGCGGCCCACGCUGCGAGCUCCCUCUCCUCCGCCCGCGGCGACCCGCGCGAGGCGGAGGCAGCGGUGGCUGAGCUGCUGCGGGACCACGGCGCGUCGCCGGAGGACGCGGCCGCCAUCGCGGCCCGCGCGCCGGGGUACGCCGCCAUGCUGGCCGACGGCGUCAGGGAGCUCGACGAGCUCGGGCUCUGGGCGUCCUGGAGCGCCGGGGCGGGCGCGCGCGCCGGCGCCGAGAUGGGCGCGCUCGGGUUCGGCAGGAAGGUGUACUUCAUGGGGCGGAGCCGGCGCGACGGCGCCGUCGUUCCCCUCGUCGAGAGCCUCGGCGUGCGCCUCUCCUCCGCGAAGCUCAUCGCGCCCUACGUCGCCGCCGAGGGCCUCCCCGUGCUCAUCCGCAGGGUUAAGUUCUUGAAGGAAAUGCUGUUUUCAAGCAGUGGCUAUGAAACUCUAAUCGGACGGAAUGCUAAGCGCAUGAUGGCACACUUGUCAAUACCCGCAGAUGAGGCACUCCAGAGUACGCUGUCAUUUUUCGAAAAAAUGGAGGCCAGACAUGGUGGUCUGAGCAUGUUGGCACAUGGGGAUGUGUCAUUUCCCUAUCUCAUCGAAUCAUUUCCAGUGCUUCUUCUCUGCUCAGAGGACAAACAUCUUAAGGCAUUAAUUGAUUUCCUUGAACACAUUGGAGUUCCCAAGCCGAGGAUUCCAUCAGUUCUGCUGGCAUUUCCUCCUAUUAUCCUUUCUGAUGUCGAAAAGGAUAUCAAGCCAAGGAUUCAUGCAUGGGAGAAGGCUGGCAUAGAACAGGAAUAUAUUGGUCGGAUGUUGUUGAAGUAUCCAUGGAUUCUUUCUGCAAGUGUGAUAGAAAACUACAAGCAGGCCCUUUUGUUCUUCAACAGAAGAAAGAUUUCCAGUACAUUUCUUGGCAUUGCUGUCAAAAGUUGGCCUCACAUUCUGGGUUGUUCAACAACAAGAAUGAACUCAAUUCUAGUGCUGUUUGAUGAUCUGGGCAUCAGUAAGAAAAUGUUGGUUCCUGUUCUUACAUCAAGUCCACAGUUGCUGCUGAGAAAACCUAAUGAGUUUUUGCAGGUUGUUUCCUUUUUUAAAGAUAUGGGUUUUGAUAAGAUAACAGUGGCAAAGAUUGUCUGUCGUUCUCCAGAAAUUUUUGCUUCAGAUGUGGAGAAUACCCUCAAAAAGAAAAUCAACUUUCUUAUUGACUUUGGUAUUUCUGAGCGUCACCUUCCUCGUAUCAUUAAGAAGUACCCAGAGCUUUUGUUGUUGGACAUAAAUCGCACACUGCUACCAAGAAUGAAUUACUUCCUGGGGAUGGGCUUGUCUAAGAAAGAUGUCUGCUCAAUGAUCUCUAGAUUCUCCCCACUUCUGGGGUACAGUAUUGAGCAUGUUCUGAAACCAAAGAUUGAUUUUCUAUUGCAAACCAUGAAGAAACCACUUAAAGCGGUUGUGGAAUAUCCAAGGUACUUCAGCUAUUCUCUUGAGGGCAGGAUAAAGCCACGGUUUUGGAUAAUAAAGAGUAGAAACAUAGACUGCAGUCUGACAGACAUGCUUGCAAAAAACAAUGAACUUUUUGCUGAAGAGUACCUGGGAAUAGAAACAUGA